AAAAUGACUAUUGUUGUUGUUGUUGUUGUUGCAGUAAUAUUUUGCCAAUCAUCAUCAUCAACAUUCGUAUUUUACAAAAAAGAUGUUUGAAAUUGCCAAAAUCGAUGAAAACGAUAAUCGAAAAUAUGUAUCAUUGGCCGAUCGAAUACGUGAAAGAUCGAUUAAACAACAACAAUAUGAUCGAUUUUUUUCUGUGGAAUUUUUUCCAGCACGAACCGUUCAAGGUGCAAAAAAUUGGAUAAAACUUGUUGAAAAUUAUUCGGAUGGUGAUCCACUUUAUUGUGAUAUAACAUGGCAUUCAGCUGGUAAUCCUGAUUCCAAUGCACCAACAUCAUCAUUAAUGAUGGCAAAUGUUGCAUUAAAUUAUUGUCAAUUAGAAACAAUGCUUCAUAUUACAUGUAUCGAUUUAACAUGUAAACAAUUGAAUCAAUAUUUACAACGUGCUAAACAUUAUGGUAUACGUAAUAUAAUGGCAUUAAGAGGUGAUCGACAUGAUGAUGAUGAUCAUCAAACAGACAAUCAUCAAUUUCAAUAUGCAGCCGAUUUAGUCCAAUAUAUUCGUCAUCAUUAUGGUGAAUAUUUUACUAUUGUUGUUGCUGGUUAUCCCAUACCACAUCCAGAAUCUCAAGAUAAACAACAUGAUCGUCAAUGUUUAAAGAAAAAAGUUUUGAUUGGUGCUGAUUAUAUUAUUACACAGCUAUUUUUUCAAUGUGAAGAUUAUGUUGAAUUUGUUGAGGAAUGUCGUCAAAUUGGUAUCAAUGUACCAAUUAUUCCCGGUAUUUGUGCUAUAAAUAGUUUUGAAUCAUUGGUUAAAUUUUCAAAAUUAUCAGCUGUACCGAUACCAUCGGAAUUAUUCGAUCGAUUAGAACAAGUACGUUCAGAUCAACAAGCUGUACAACAAUUAGGAAUCAAUUAUCUUACCAAUCUUUGUCGACAAUUAUUAGCUACAAAUCUUUUCCCAGGAAUUCAUUUCUAUACACUAAAUCAAUCAUCAAUUAUACAAGUGAUAAAAAAUUGUGGUUUAUGGGGUAAAUGUUCAAUCAUACCAUGGAGACAAUCACAACAUUAUAAACGUAUAAAUGAAUCAAUUCGUCCGAUUUUCUGGUCAAAUCGUCCAAAAAGUUAUAUUCAUCGAACACGAAAAUGGACGCAAUUUCCAACAACAAAUUGGUCAACAGAAUUUUCCUCGAAUCUUGAUUCAACAAGUUUAACAGAUUUUCCACAAUAUUUAAAUUUUAAUCUAUCACCGGAUACAAAGAAACGUUUGUCCGAAUGUGAAAAUCUUCAACAACUGUACGCAAUAUUUGAUGAUUUUUAUUCAUCAACCAUCAAUCAAUCAACAACAAAAACAACAAUCAAUUUGGAUAGAAAUAAUAAUGAUAUUGAUCAAAAUAGUACCAGACAAUCAUUACGACGAUUAUCAUUACCAUGGAUUAAUGUGGUGAACGAUCAAUAUAUAGAGUCAUUAUAUCAAAAAUAUGGCCAAUUUAUAUCCAAAGGUUUAAUGGUUACUAAUUAUCUACCUGCCAUAAAUGGUUACAAUAAUGAUAAAAUCAUUUACACUUGUAAAAAUGAAAAAAAUAGCUACAUUUAUCAUCAAAAAGAAUACAUUGAAUUUUUUAUUCAUAUCAGACAUUUAUCUUUGUUACAAUCAUGGCUACUGGAUAAAGAUUAUCAACAUGAAAUUAGUUUUAUGGCGUGUAAUGAAGAUAAAAGUAUCCGAUUAACAAAUUGGUCAUCAACAGAACAGGAGCAGCAUCAGCAACUUCCACUUGUCAUUGCAUGGUUGAGAUUAUCAAAUACAGAUCAAUUACGACAACGACGACGACCGGUUUAUAUAGCCGAUAUGAAAACAUUUGAUGUAUGGUUAAAUGAAACAUAUUCAUUAUGGAAUGAAUUGAUUAAUGAAACACCUACGUUGAUUAUUAAUGGCAGUAUUAACGAACAAAAUGAAACAAACAACAACAACAAAAAAGUGUUGGCACACGUACGAAAUGAACUUAUUUUAGUCUGUAUGAUUGAUAAUCGAUAUGGCCAUUCAUCAUCAUCGUCGUCAUCGUCAUUCAGUCAGUUAUUCGCCCACAUUUUUUCUCAGUAA